AUGGCAGUGUCCACAGAGGGAGAUGAACGCGCCGAUCCGGUCGCGCGACUUAAAACAAUUCGACUCCAAGCUUUGAAGAGUGCGGGUCCCGAGGAUAUUGACAAGCUUGUUGUCGCCGCGACACACGAUGGAAUCUUUUACCUCAGUUUUGAGGAUGAUCAUCAGCUCUCUCGCGCCAUAGCUGGCAUGCAAAGCCUUGGAGUUGAUCUAUUCAGCUUGGAUAUGGAGCACAAGAUGGGACAUGAUAUUGACAAACUUGGACAAUAUAAGUUGAAUGGAUACAAACCAAUUGGCAGAAAUGUCGGCGGUAUCAAAGGUCAGCGUGAUGGCUUUGAGAGCUACUCGAUAUCCAGAAACACGAUAUCGUCAUUACCGGACACGAAAGUUUCCCAUCUCGAAGUCAUAAACGAAUACAACAACACAUUAGUUUCCUUCACAGCCGCAUGUUCAGAUAUCGCAAACAUGGUAUUCAAAAUCCUCUCGCAAGCGUUCAACUUACAAGAGAACAAGUCCCUCGAAUCCUGCCACGACGCGUCAAAACCAACUCUCGAUAUCGUCCGCCUUCUAAAAUACCCCUCAUCAAUAGGCAACAACUGCUUCAGCAUCCCUCAGACCGCCCACACAGAUGUAGGGUCUCUGACUUUCUUAUACUCGGAAUCCCCGGGCCUGCAGAUUCUCCCUGCUGGCUCGAAAGAGUGGCGACAUGUGAUACCGAAACAGGGACACUUGAUGGUAAAUUUUGGUGACGCGAUGAAGACUCUUAGCAAUGGACGCUUGGAGAGUGUGAUGCAUCGGGUGGUGACUGUGCCGGGGACGCAGGUACUGGACCGGCAUAGCUUUGCCUUUAUGAUUCGGCCGCGGCCGGAAAACCUUAUGACUGCUUUACCGGGAUUUAGAGAAGCGGACUUUGAGGACGACGGGCAGGUACUGACUUGUGAGGAAUGGGUGGCAAGAAAGUUCAAAGUGAUGAGAGGUGACAAGGAUGAGUUUCAAAUUAGUGGUAAAUGA